AUGGAGAAGUGUAAAGAUGAGAAGAUUGCUCCUCAGCAUAAGAGUGCGUGGUUUGGAUUCAUCAAGUCCAUCGCAACAUUCAAAGGCGACCUCUCGACCCUCACGGCCCCCCCAUUUCUCCUCUCACCCCAAUCAAUCGUUGAAUUUCCCACCUAUUGGGCCGAACACCCCUCUCUAUUCAUCGCACCCACACACUCCGAGUCUCCUGAAGAAAGAGCCCUGUUGGUUUUGAAAUGGUUUAUCAGUACAUUGAAAUGGCAACAUAGUGCUCGAGAUGAGAAUGGGAAGAAGAAGGGGUUAAAACCCCUUAAUCCAUUUUUGGGAGAGUGUUUUAUGGGGCAUUGGGAGGAUGAUGGGGAGGGUACUGGGAGGACUGAUUUGGUUGCUGAGCAGGUUAGUCAUCAUCCGCCUGCUACAGCGUACAAUAUUUGGAAUGACAAACAUGGUGUACAACUCCAAGGAACCAUAGCACCACAAUCCUACUUCAGCUCCACUGUCCACAUCGAACGACACGGAUACUCUCUUCUAACUCUCUCCCAACACAACGAAACGUAUCUCAUCACCAUGCCACCCAUGCACAUCACCGGACUCAUGACCGGCUCUCCUACUCCCGAAUUAAGCUGCACCUCCUCUAUCCGAUCAUCGUCUGGCUUCACCACGCGGAUAUCUUAUUCUUCGAAAGGCUGGAUGAGCGGAACACCGCAUUCAUUUUCCGCGAUAAUCUAUGACGAACGGGAAUGUAAGAGGUCACUUACAUCGAUGCCAAUCCCCAUAUAUAAAGCCUCGGGCCAAUGGAGCGGCAAAUUCACCGUCACGGAUAUAAGGACUGGGAAUACAGUAUUACAAUGUGACGCGAAUUUACUCAAGAGGAAAUCAUUGACGGUAAGACCGAUAGAUCAACAGAGGGAUUAUGAAUCGAGGAGGGCGUGGCGAGGGGUUACAAAGGCUAUGGAGGAUGGUGAUAUAGGUGGGAUAGGGAGGGAAAAGGCGAGGAUAGAGAAUGCGCAGAGGGAGAUGAGGAGGUUAGAGAAGGUGGAGGGGAGGGUUUGGGAGAGGAGAUUUUUUGUGGAGGUGGAGGGGGGGAGUGGGAGAGAUGAGGUGAAGGAGGGGUUAGUGAGGGGCUUAGAUGCAGAGGCAGAGGGUGUGGGUUUGCAGAGUGGAGGGGGGAGUUGGAAGUGGAGUGGGGAGAGAUAUAGGGGGUUAUUGGAGGGAGAAGAAAAGAAGGAGAGGGAGAAAGAGAGGAUGAGGACUGGUGUGAGUGGUAUAGAUGGUAUGAAAAGUCCAUUAGUAACGAGGUGGGAUUCGGGGGUUAUGGUUGAGGAGGUUAGUGUUUAA